ACCACCACCACCACCACCACGACGAACCGACGCCAGGAGCGCGACAACCUGUUUUUCUGAUCGCCUUUUUGGAACAGAUGAUUCGACGACAAUAACAGCGCACUCAGAGUUCAAAAAUCAGUCCAAGAUGCCUCGUGUAUCAGCGGCGCACCGCAGAAGCGUGAGCCGGGUCCCCUCGGGGAACAUGGCCGCCUCACCCUUCAAGUCGCCAGUGAAAAUGCCCCUCAACGACGACGCCCAAGAAAAAGCCCAGCGCUCCCACGGCCGCAAAGCCCUCCACGAAGCCCACGUCAACCAGCUCCGUCAAGCCGCCACCGAAGGCGCCGCCCGCGCAACCACCCCCCGCCGCCAGUCCCUCGCCCUCGUCGACCUCGACGGCGUAGACUCGCCCGACAACUCCCAAUCCAACCCCCGCACUCCCAACAACAACCGCCGCCGCCGGCACAGCGGCAGGGAAAACUUCCUCGACGACGAAAACGACGUCGUGAUCGGCGGCAAGGCCGUCACGCCCAUGAAGCGGGUGCCCAUCCUGGCCAACUUUGAGGAGUGGAUGAAGAUGGCGACCGACAACAAGAUCAACGCGGCCAACUCGUGGAACUUUGCUUUGAUCGACUACUUUCAUGACAUGAGCUUGCUGAAGGAGGGGGAUGGGGUCAAUUUCCAAAAGGCGAGCUGCACGCUGGACGGGUGUGUCAAGAUUUACACCAGCAGGGUGGACAGUGUGGCGACCGAGACGGGCAAGUUGCUGAGCGGGUUGGCGGAUAGUAGGGAUAGCAAGAGGAAGAAGGGGGAGGAGGAGGAGGAUGAGGAGGAGGAUGAGGUGGAUGAGGAUGGGAAUGUGAGGAAGAAGGCCAAGAAGAAGACGCAGCGGUCGUCUGAGGCGACGCUGGCGCCGUCGUUUGCUUCGUUGCAGUUGAAGAAGUUUGAGCUGGAGUUUGCGGUGGAUCCGCUUUUCAAGAAGGCGUCGGCGGAUUUUGAUGAGGGGGGUGCGAAAGGGUUGUUGUUGAAUCAUUUGAUGAUUGAUUCGCAGGGGAGGAUUGUGUUUGAUAGUAGUGACGAUGCGAAUGAUGCGUCGACUUCGAGGACGAGGAAGAAGAAGGCGGAGGAGGGAGGGGUGGAAGGGGGAGAGGACGAGGGUAUGGAUGGGUCGAUGCAGGAUCAGGAAGACACGGAAAUGCCCGAGGAGGAGGAGGACGAGGGGGAUAUUGAGAUUGAUGUUGUCGGGCUUGGGCAGAGGUUCUUCCCGGACCUGAGCCGGUUGGAUGAGAUGGAUGUGUGUCCUUCGCUCAAGGAGUUUGAUAUUGGCGAUCCUUCUGGUUCGCUUGACAUUCCCUUCCUUAGAGCGCCGGAGGAUUGGCGAGACCAGGAGAAGGAGAAGACCCCCGGGGCUGGCAACAAGUCUGAGAUGUACAUCGACGACGAGAACCCCCUCGGCUUUGACGACUUUGACGGCCUCGGCACCUUCGAUCUCGGCGGCGAUGUUGCCUUCGGCGAGGGCGGUGAAGCCUGGGCUCGUGAAGCUGCUCUCGAACCCCAAAUGAUGCGUGUCUUUGACGCCGGCCUCGGUUUGGGCAACGACGGCGGGGAAGCAGAAGGUGAAGGCGACGCGGUCGACCUCAUGGACACGGCCAACCCAGACUACGUCAUCUCCAUGACCCACGCCCAAAAAGCUGACAAGGUCCACGAGGACAUCCUCAGCUACUUUGACCAAGCCCUCCAAAAGAACUGGUCCAACGCCGAGCACUGGCGCAUCCGCAAGAUCAAGGACAACAACAAGACCACCGAACCUGCCAAGCAGCGCAAGGAGAAGCAGCCUUUUGAAAUCGACUUUGCCUCGCCCUUGGACCCCGCCAGCGCAGACGCGAUUUACACCUCUGCGACGUCAAACACGACCAUUUCCAUGGCGAAGAAGGACUGGAAGUCAAAGACGCGGAACCUGCUGCCGGACGACAAGCACUUCAACAGCAAGCAGCUCUUGUCCUUGUUCCUCAAGCCCAAGGCCCGCCUCCACAGCAGGAAGAAGCUCACCUCGGGCCAUCACGACGCCGUGUCCGCCCGCCGAGCGGAAGCCUUGGACAGCAACGGGCCGGUGGAGCUUAACGAGGCGUUUUGGGCUUCGCAAAAGGCGCCGGAGAGCAACCCGCUCUCGGAUGAUUUACCGCAGGGAGACUACGAUGCGAACUUCUUCCAGGAUGACGGGCUGCCUUUUGCGGGUGGGGAUGCGGAUGAUGACGACAUGGAUGAUGAGUUUGCGGAUGCGAGGGAGCACUUCUCUCCGGACUUGCCGUUGGGGAACCAGGGGGGUAUGACGGAGGUGGGCAUGACGGGGGCGUUUGGGGGGAUGACGGUGACGAACCCGGCGGAUCUGGCGUUUGGGACGAUGCUGGUCACGCAGUCGAGGAGGGUGAGGCCCGAGUAUGUCCAGUAUGCGAGGGUGGCGAAGAAGGUGGAUGUGAGGAGGUUGAAGGAGGAGAUUUGGAAGGGGAUGGGGUUGGAGAAGUUGGAGGAGGCACCACCCCCUGCCCCUACACCUGAGAGCCCCACGCCGGAGGAUCCAGAGUUGAAGUUCACCGAUGUGAUGAACGGGCUGCAGAGGGUGUACCCCAAGCCGGUGAUGGAUGACAUCUCGACGAGUUACUGCUUUAUCUGCCUGUUGCAUUUGGCGAACGAGAAGGGGUUGGUGAUUAGCAAGACGGAGGGGCUGGAGGAGUUGACGAUUAGGAAGGAUUGGGGGGCAGAGAUUUCGAUUGGCGGGGAGUAGAGAGUGUGUUGUGUAUUAUGUGGGAGAGGGGGCGUAUGUUUUGUCAUGUUGACCUGGUUGCGGGAAAGCAAUCGGUGAAAUGGUAGAGUGAGAAACAAAAGAAGGAGGUGGGAGUAAAUGUUGGGUACCUAGCUUGAUGGAUGGUUUGCUGGGGGUUUGGUGUGUAUGGAGUUUGUUACGAUAAUGACUAUUUUCCAUUGUUAUGUUCAUUCUUGUCUUGUUCCAA